UGACGGAGGAGAAGCUGCGGUGCCUGGCGGAGCUGCAGCAGGCCGUGCUGCAGAGCGCGGGAGGCUGCUGCCACGUGGUGCACGUGGUGAGCUGCGAUGAGGAGUUCCAGCAGCAGCAGAUGGAUCUGCUCUGGAGGAUUUUGGAUCCGGGGGCCCACACAGCGCUGCAGAAACUCCUCGUCUGUGGACCAGUGAAGGUGACAAAGCCCUUGUCCCCCAUUGGAGCAGACGAGUACUUUCAGCUCCGGAGGCGCCAGAUGCAUGAGGCCUCUGUGAUGAAGUACGGGGACCUCGCACAAGACGAGGCCUGGACUGAGGUGAUUGACGUCCUGACAGCAGCUGCCAUCAGGUUUGAGAUGCUGAGCACUGCCCACCGGAGCCAGAUCGUUCUGGACCUGGAGGACGGCAGCAUCUCCACGAAGGGAACCAAGAGCGGCGCCUUCGUCAUGUACAACUGUGCCCGGUUGGCCACGCUCUUCGACACCUACCAGCGGGCCGUGGAGCGAGGCACAUACCCACCCUUGCCGCCCCCGGAGGAGCUGAACUUCUCCUGCCUCCGGGAGGAGGGCGAGUGGCUGGGGGUGCUGGGGGGGUGCUCCCUGGCAUGGGGCCACCCCAUGGUGUGCAAGUUCCUCAUCCAGCUCAGCAUGGAUUUCAGCUCCUACUAUAACCGUGUCCACAUCCUGGGGGAGCCCUUCCCUCAUCUCUUUGAGCAGAUGUUUGCUCGCCUCCAGCUGAUGGCAGCCGUGAGGGACAUGUUCCACAGCGCCCUGGCCACCCUGCACCUCCCGCCUCUCACCCAGAUCUGAGCUGC